AUGGAGCUGGAGAGUCCUGAGCCGAAGCUUGUGGCUGCCUCAGCUCAGUCCAGCCUUGAGAAGCCAAACGAAAACCUGGGGAUGGACCUCUCUGCCAACCAAGACGAGGAGGGUGACCAGGAGACCUACCAGCUGGAGAUCAACAAGGACACCAAGAAAUGCGCCUUCAGGACCUACACUGGGAAGUACUGGACCCUCACCUCCAAUGGGGGCAUCCAGUCCACCGCCUCCACAAAGAACGCGAGCUGCUAUUUCGACAUCGAGUGGUGCGACAAGCGCAUCACCCUGAAAGCUGCCAACGGCAAGUACGUGACGGCAAAGAAGAAUGGGCAGCUGGCGGCCUCCAUGGAGACGGCGGGCGAGACGGAGCAUUUCGUGAUGAAGCUGAUCAAUAGGCCCAUCAUCGUCCUCCGCGGCGAGCACGGCUUCAUCGGGUGCCGGAAGGUGACCGGCACCCUGGACUCCAACCGCUCCUCCUACGACGUCUUCCAGCUGGAGUUCAACGACGGGGCCUACAACAUCAAGGAUGCCACCGGGAAGUACUGGAUGGUGGGGAGCGAGUCGUCCGUCACCAGCAGCAGUGACACCCCCGUGGACUUCUUUUUUGAGUUCUGCGACUAUAACAAAGUGGCUAUCAAAAUCAAUGGCAAAUACCUGAAGGGCGACCAUGCCGGGGUCCUCAAGGCAUCCGCCGACGCCAUUGAUGCCUCCACCCUCUGGGAAUAUUAA